UAGUAACGUAAUCUUUAAUUUGUAAUCUAAAGUACACCAGUCGGUUAUCAGAAAACCAACAAACAUGUGCUAUCGCUGUACUCACAUAAGGCGUGUGAAAUUUAGGGCGAAUUUGAUGUAGAGCAUUGAAUAGUAACCUCUACCCUAAGAACCUCAAGGCGUUCUAGUGUAACAAUCCGUUAGAAGACCAGGGAACGUCUUACACGGUAACCUAUAGUCAUGACACGAGAAGCAAACAAAGAUACACAAUAUUCGUCGAUAGCGAAGAAAGGAGGGGGUGCUGGCAGAAAAUGGAUGUUUGUGAGUUUAUUGCUUGGUGCUAUAGCACUGGGUCUUUUGAUCGCCCUGGUCGUAGUUAUCACAAAACUAGGUAAACUUCCAGCAGCACCAGAGAGUCCUCCAAAUUCGUCAGCGGAAGGCCAAGUUGACGCAUCCGAAUCGCCAAAUCCCGGCGUAUUCCAUGAUUUAACAAGAAGUGAAUUAUUAUCUUUACAAGAAUACCUUUAUUCAGACAAAGCCUCGGAUUUAAAUCUGGUGAGACCGGAUAAAGCUGCCUUGAAUGUCAGCUACGUAUUUAUUACCGAUCUUUUGCCACCUAACAAAACUGACGUUCUAGGUCAUUUAGAUGACAACGGACCAACUCCAGUACGACGAGCCAGAGUUGUUGUAUUCAGGGGCGACAAGACACCGCCAGUAGUUGAAGAAUAUAUUGUGCAACCUAUACCAAACCCAACCAGACACGACUUAUUCAACCUUCGAACCAGGCGUAACCCCAUUCCAUUUGCCUACCGACCAAUUGGCCGGGUUGAAUUAGCAGAACUCUACGAAUCUCUAUGGACUGGUUUACAAGAAGAUAUUGGCGAUAUCCUAAAGGAAAGUUAUGAUGCAGGGAUCGGUGAAUGUGGUGAUAAAUGUUUGACAUAUUACCCUCACCCAAUGUCGUCUGCAAUCGUUGGAGCUGAUACUAGGAAGAUGUGGUUUGAAAUCAAUUAUUACGUCCCUUACUACGGUCUACACCCAACUGGCUUUUUGUUCUUAGGACAAAUAGAUGGCUCGGACAAAUCUAAAUUUUCAAUUGAAAAGGUUAUAUAUGGUGGAGAAUCUUUUAAUUCAGUACAAGAAUUCAAGACAGCUUACACGACUGGUGCGGUUACAAAAAUCAAAUUGGAGUUUCCGAAAGUAGUUAAAAAUUUAUUUUCAACGCUUGAUUAUAGAGGCGAUGCCAAGCCGUCUAAAAGGGCACCCCAACUGGUUGAGCCGGAUGGAAAACGUUACACUCUGAACCACAGACAAGUAAAAUAUAUGGACUGGCAAUUUGACUUCAGAAUGUCUGCGUUAACAGGACCCCAGCUUUACAAUAUCAUGUAUGGGAAAGAUAGGAUAGCAUACGAAGUGGGAUUACAGGAAAUAGCUGUCUUUUAUUCUGGCGCUAACCCGGCAGCUCGAUUAACGGAUUUCGUAGACAGUGGCGUUCUUUUAGGAACUCAUGCCAAGAGUUUGGUACCAGGUGGAGACUGUCCAGAAACUGCUACAUUCAUCCCAGCAACCUUUUUAAGUGAGCUAACAGAAGAACCCCAAACUGUCCAGAGAUCCUUCUGUUUGUUUGAACAAAACACGGGGGUGCCAUUAAGGCGCCAUCUGUCUUAUGCUGUGUCUGAAGGAGCUUUCUAUGGCGGGGUAAUGGACAAUGUGCUGAUAUUGAGGACAAUCCUGACAGUGGUAAAUUAUGACUACAUAUUUGAUUUUAUCUUCCAUCAGAAUGGUGCCAUGGAAGUGAGAGCAGUGUCCACUGGUUACAUUUAUACCACUUUCUACAAUCAAGCUGAGGAUAAAUAUGGUUUUCGUUUAAACGAAAACAUUCUGGCCAAUCUGCAUCAUCACAUGUUCCAUUUUAAAGUGGAUUUGGAUGUACUGGGAACUUCCAAUAGAUACGAGACCCUGGAUAUAGAGACUGAAGAUCUGGAUAUUUCUGGGGAGACUGGUACUCCUGGAGAUAAAUAUAACCAAAUAUUCUACACCAAAAAUCUAAAAAAUACAGAAACAGAAGCUGCUUACAAAUUCAAUUUCGAUACACCUAAAUAUCACAUCAUUCAUAAUAACGCAGAGAAAACAAGUUUUGGGGUUCCGAAAGCCUAUCGAAUUCAAAUGAACGGAAUGUCAAAGCAAACCCUAAAAAAAGACAGUGGAAACGAAGCAACAGUAUCCUGGUCACGGUACCAAAUGGCAGUUACAAAAUAUAAACACGACGAGUUUGGCAGCAGUUCACCAUAUAAAAUGUUUGAUGGCAGAUCACCUGUUGUAAACUUUCAAGAGUAUAUCGAUGAUAAUGAUAAUAUUGUGGACGAGGAUUUGGUACUAUGGUUAGCUAUGGGAGUUCAUCAUAUUCCACAUACAGAAGAUCUUCCUAUAACACCUACACCCGGUGCUCAUCUAAGUUUUGCUUUAUUGCCUUAUAAUUACUUUAAGGAAGAUCCUUCCAUGACAUCGCCUGAUUCAAUAACUAUAGCCCAUAAAGAUCCCACUAAUCCUCAAAAUGGCGUCUUAUUUAGGAGAUACCAUAAUGCAACAGGAAGACCAACAAAUGUAAAUUUGCCUUCAGAUAAUUUAUCUGACUAUGAAGAUAAUCCAGAUCUUGUUUUACAAAGUAGAAAAAAAUUCGGUCUUUUGUAGAAUAUUUUUUAUACAUUAAACUGUGUUGAUAUAUUGUUGUCAACCCUGUCCGUCCCGCGGUCUGGUUGAGGUUAAUAUUAUGAUUGACUUGAGGAAUUCAUCUAUUGAUUUGUAACGACUUCAGACAAUUACUCUCAGUGUUAAUACAUUUAAUCACAUACCUCUAGCAGUCGCUCUAGAGUCCUACUUCAUGUUGAUAUACCUUAAAUCACUGUCCAAAGUUUUAGAGAAGACCCCAGAUUAAACGAAAGGCUGUCAUUGUUGCUGUACGGGAAGAAUAGACGCACUCCCUCAAGUAUCAGAAGCCAAUCCAGUAAUGGCCAGAGAGGGAUUUCUCGGGCCAUUGCUUCAGGAAUAUGUCUUUUUAUCGGCCAAAUAAUAAAAUGCAACAGCCUGUUUGAUCAGCUGGUGUGACCUAGAUACUGUGGGUGUAUGUCUCGUUGCUUAGCAACCUGUUGUUUUUAAAGCUUCUUCCCCUGUCGUAAAACUUAGAUUAGAUUAGUUCCAACUUCAAAUACCGCGGAGUAAUCAUGUUGCACCUCAGAAUUUUGGAAAAAAAUAAUGGAGAAUUUAUUGUUCUUAUGUUUUGUAAUUAAACUAAUUAAAAUUUA